ACGUCGUCUUAAAAGGGCUGAGGCGGCCAUCACAGUCCCUAGUCCCUAGCGACACACACACGCCUACUUUCAGUCAGCCAGGAAAGAUGAACGGCCUCUCCCCCACGUUGCUGCUGCUGGCCUUGGUCCUGGUCGGGACACAGGCGGACGAAUGCUCCCUGACGCCUGUCAUUCACAUCCUGUCAUAUCCGGGCUGCAACUCGAAGCCCAUCCCCUCCUUUGCAUGUCAAGGGAGGUGCACCUCGUAUGUCCAGGUAUCCGGCAGCAAGAUCUGGCAAACGGAGCGAUCGUGCAUGUGUUGUCAAGAGUCUGGCGAAAGGGAAGCAUCGGUUACUCUCAACUGUCCUAAGGCACGGCCCGGGGAACCAAGAAUGAGGAAGAUUCUCACACGAGCGCCCAUUGACUGCAUGUGCCGACCCUGCACCGACGUGGAGGAAGGCACGGUCCUGGCGCAGGAGAUCGCCAACUUCAUCGAGGAUUCGCCCAUGGAAAACGUCCCAUUCCUGAAGUAAUGACCACCACGCCCUUUAAAACUCUCCCCGUUGCCGACCUGUGAUCUCGAAGGACAUAGAACCUUGUUUUUACUUUCGUUGUUCUCUUUUAAAAGACUUAUAUAAGCAUGUGAUCAAGAAAGGAAGGACACGUUUUCUGUAAAUUAAUAAUCCAAUGAGUGUUUUUACUUCCCCUUUGCCGGUGUGUAUUACUCCGAUUUACAGUGUGGAAAUCAUACGACACAACACCAGGAUGGAACACUACUCGCUCUCUCAGAAUUUGCUUUUAAGAGUGUACUUCAGUGCCUUUGAAAUACAUAACACAUAAGUUUGCUUUGGGAUGAUUCUCUUUACAUCAAAGGACAUGAUACAGUAUUAGUGAAAUUGUGAAGUUCCCCCCCCCCCCCAGUGGUGAAACAGUGAAUAAAUCUUUCGACUUAGACCAGUGAAAGAGUGCGAUAUGAUUUAUUAAAAUGAUUUUCCAACAACUGUGAAUUAACAGAGGUUGUGUUUGUCUGUAGUGCAUUGCUCGUAAUCCGGAACAUUUUGCUGUUGACGAAAUAGUGACAGCUGCCCAAGAGAAAUGAUAAUCAAUGGUUAAGUAAUUUGCCCAAUAGACCUUAGCUGUCUGUUAAUGUGUUUUAUCACUAAUCACUGUGAACAUUGAAGAGCAGAACAUGAUAUAGAUUGUUGUCUUUUAGUAUGAAAUGAGUGUUAUGUAUAAAUAUAUUUAUGUGUAUCCUUUUUCUAUGCAAUGUUGAUCGGUAGUCACAGAAUAUAAUAUAAUUUACA